GGUCCCUAGGUGCACUCUCGACGAGAGAGUGCGGUCUCUGCUCUGAGCUGAAGUCAAAUUUGAUGUGUAAACUCAGUACCGCUCUCGAUGGCACUUUUCUCGGUCUCGAUUGCCCUCCUCCUCUGGCACCUGGAUGCCCUCACGAUUCCCCUUUUCGAAUACCGCAGCAGCGUCUUCCCGCUGGACGUGGUGGUCGUCGAGUGCCCGCGAGUCGGCUGGCACCAGAUCGCGCUUGAGAGCGCCGGCGGGCCGCGGCUGCUCGGGCUCGUGGACGCGGCGCCGGCGCCGGGCGCGCGCGGCGUGCUCUGCGAGUGCCACGCGAGGGGUCGUGCGACCGGCGACGUCCAGCGCAUUGUUGCUGUCGCCGUCGGGCGUUUCUUGGUCGAAGCGCUCCGCCCGGCCGGCCACCCGGGACGCCUCGCCGUGGGCGACGUCGGCGCGGUCGUCGACGCCGCGCCCGAGGACGACGAGGUGCUGCGCGAGGCGGGUCACGAUCUCCUCGCGCGGCGCGGCGUGGCCGCGGCCGACGAGCUGAAGGCGCACCUCGCCUAUGAGACCGUCGCGACGCUGGAGGGCUGGGCCGGCUCGACGGCGACAGCGCAGGCAGCGGUAUUGUCCGCCGCGGCGCGGCGCGCGACCGCCGAGGCCGUGCGCCGCUUCGCGCCCGCCGCGCGGGUGGAGGACGCGUGCGCCGUCGACGCGUGCGCCGCCGACGGCGACUCCGAGGCGUGCGUGCUGGAGAGGGCCUACGCGCGCGCGGCGGCCUGCGGCGAGGACGGGCCGUUCGGCGACGACCUCGCGGAAUUCGCGCCGACGCGGCGAGAGCUAUCGAGCUUCGCGCUCUGCCGGGCGCUCGCGCCGGAUCCCGAGGCCGCUCGCCGUCUGCUCGCGACGCGGUCCACGAGCGCGCGGCUGCGGCACGCCGACGCGCGCCUCAGCGCGACGGCGGAUUGGCUCGCGCGGCGCGCCGGCCUCGGGGAUGCCUGGCGCGUGCCGCGGCCGGACCCGCUCGCGGACACGGCGCCGGCGGCCGCAGCCCCUCCUCCCCGCCGCCGUCGCGCGGGGCCGUUCCGCCGCCUGGCGGACGCGGCCCGCACCCGCCGCCGAUGA